GGAGGCGGGUGGGCACAGCCCCGCGGAGAUGGAAUGUGCGUGGGCUCCGUGUCUGAUCGGGUCGGGCUGUGCGCGCUGGACAUGGGCGCCGGGCUGCUGCUGCUGCUGCUGCUGGUUGGUCGUCCUUCUUGCUGCCGACUGUCCCGAGUGAGGGUGCACGCAGCCUCCCACCGUCCUGUGCCUCCCUCCCGCUCCCGCUGCUCUCGGGACCGACGAGGGCGGGGUCAUCCCCCGGGAGACCCGGGCACCUGGUCUGGUGGGUGGGUACAGCCUCCCGGAGCCAAGAGCCACACGCAGGACCGGGCUGGGCAGGGCGAGGGCGCCACCCGAAGGAGAAGCCGUGGCUUAGACCGAAUUCAGGUGCCGUGCAGCUUUCAUGUCUUUCUCCUUUCCUGGCACCGCCUUCAGAACGGCACAGAGAAGCCUCCUGGAAAACCGCUCGCGUGGCUCACAGUUCCUUCCAUCAGCUUCUCCUGUCCAGCUCAUUCCCUAGGGCGUCUUUGUCUGCAUUCACACUCCCGACCCCAGCGUGGCUUUCCAGUCUCCCAUCCUCUCUGCCUGGAUGUCACCCACCUGCCUCCCGCCGUCCAGUUGGGAAAGCUUCGCGGGGAAGGCCUUUCUUGGGCACAUCUCAUCUCCUCAUCUACAGUCUCACAUGUUUCAUGCCUCUCAGUGAGACCCUCGGGGCUCUGCACACCUGAUAUAACAAAAGCCUAAUAUGCAAAAUGACCGACCUGCAGAAUGACCGGUCGCUAUGAUGCACACUGACCAUCAGGGGGCAGACGCUCAACACAGGAGCUGCCCCCGGCCCACAGGCCCCCACCGGUGGCAGUGGCAGGUGCAGCAGGGCCGGGAUGAGCGGGAGCAGCGCCAGGCCCGGGCUCGGGCUCCUCCUUGGCCGCCUGCCACUUUGUGCACUACUACAUCCCACAUCCCCCGAGGCGGUCCCGGAUGGCGAGAGGGCACAGGCCAGGCUGAGGGACCCCACCGGUGCACAAACCCAUGCACCGGGCCUCUAGUAGUUAAUAAGUGCUUACCCUUUGAGACAGCAUGGAGGCGCCC